AUGGCUAUAGUGCAGGAUAGGACUGUGUUUCCAGAUAGCAAGGAAUGGCAAUUUUUGGAAUUUGCUCUGCAAUUGCAUCUUAGUACAUCCAGGGCAAAGUUGUUACAGGCAUGGGAUGUCUCGCUCCCAGAAACGGUUGCCGCUUUCAACGCUAAGAGCAGUAACCAGCUAGUCAAUCCCGUGUUCUUGGAUGUUAAUAAAUUGGACGAUAAUAACACGGUGCAGGACAUUUAUCGCAGAGGAAUUAGGGUCCCAAAUGACGGAAUGGAGAUUGUUAUUGGAAAUAUUAAUUUCCCAGAUCUUCCAAUAAUAGAGAAUAUACCAGAGUUAGACGAAAAAAUGAAGGUACCACCGCAAAAGCAAACAUACCAGUUCUUUCUGUGUGAUGUUACAACUGGUUUGUCACUAACUGCUAAGGACAGGGAAGAUGCUGCUAGGAGCAGGGUUUCUAUGCCACUGGAAUUUGAAAGUCAUCAGAUAGUGGAUAAAAGGUCAGAACCUAGCAAUGUAACUUUAUAUUGCUUUCCCGAUGGUCCUGUGAAGGGUGUGUUGCCUCGGCAGAAAUUAUAUGAAAAAUUUUAUAUAUAUGAUUCGUCGCAGAUUCUGGCACGCUAUUUAUUGACAUUUGAAUUUGAUGCCAGUAAGAUUGAGAGCUUCGCCUUACCAUUUUGUGAAAUCUGUCGCGAUUUACCAGCUACGAUAUACUGUUCCAGUGACAAAGCUAAGAUGUGCAAGGAAUGUGACGAGUCAUUUCAUGCGGCAAAUAAAUUCGUAGCGAGACAUAUAAGGGUGCCACUCAAUCAGAUCCCCCGGGACAGCAUAGGAGGCUGCCACGUACAUCCAAGGGAGGAAGCGAAGCACUAUUGUCUUUUUUGUACCACGGCAAUUUGCGAUUCUUGUUUAGUAGACCAUCGCCACAACAACAAACUGGACAUAAUACCUAUGACGAACGCAUACAAGACUAUUUUGCAGGAAAAGGAGGUACAAGAGGAGUUGAUUGCUAGAAAUUUCAACGUAAAGGAGCAGAUAAAACAAAUUGAGGAGUUGAUGAAAAUAGUGCAACAGGGGAAGAAGGAAUCGGAGGAAGAGUUGUACAGAGAGAUGGAGAAUCCUAUAAAGCGCCUCGAAGAAAUCAUUGAUGAGAAAGCUAAGUUGGUGUUGGCUCAGCAAAAUUGUCUUCACACCAGGCACUUACAACUCUCAUGGGCUAGUGACUUUAUAGCACAUAUGAGAAAUACACUACCCCCAUUAGACUUUCUAUCAGUUUGGCUCACAUACUGCAGAUUUAGAAAAGAAAUUCUCGAUCGUCCUAUGCCCAAUAAACCAGUGUACGCUGAUGCUACUCUUGUGGGUUCAAUUAAAAUCGCUUCUAAGCAAGCUACGGAGCAUUUGGAGUCUUCAAAGCAUGCAUAG